AUGGCAAAAGCACCGGCCAUUUACCCCAGCCUUGAUGGCAAGACGGUCGUCAUCUCAGGCGGCGCGGAAGGAAUUGGGGCUGCCACUGUCGAGCUUUUUGCAUUGCAAGGCAGCCAAGUCAUUUUCUUAGACAUCUCUGAAGAUGCAGCGCAGAAGACCAUCGCUCAUGUUGUUUCACGUAAUCAAGAAGCUGAAGCACGCAGGGGUCCUUUGAUCAAGGCUCCCAUCUUCUACCCGUGCGACCUGACGGAUCUCCCUGCGUUGCAGGCAACUGCAGCCAAGAUUUUAGAAGAGCAUGGACCAGUACAUGUGUUGAUCAACAACGCCGCAGCUACUGGCAGUGUCGCACGGCUUGAUACUGAACAUGUCACACCGGAAGCCUGGGACUUUAAUAUCAAUACCAACCUGCGGCAUGUAUUCUUUCUUUCCCAGGCUUUUAUUCCAGGGAUGAAGGAGGCGGGGGCCGGUAGCAUUGUCAACCUAGGAUCCAUCACCUGGCGCAUUCCUGAAGCUGGCCAACCUGUGUAUGCCGCGUGCAAAGCGGCAAUCACGGGUCUUACGCGUGUACAGAGCAAGGAAGUCGGCGCCUCGAACAUCCGAAUCAACAGCGUCAUGCCGGGAGCUAUCGCGACAGAGAGGCAAAAGAGGGACGUUCUCACGCCUGAAUAUCGCGCCAAGGUCUUUCGGGAUGUUGCGAAGGUGAUCGUUUUCCUGGCCAGUGACGAAGCCAGCGGUGUGACAGGAAGCACAUAUGUUGUUGAUGGUGGUUGGGUUAGUGACCCUUGA